AUGAAUAGGCCUCAGCUUUGUCGCCGAGAGGGCUGUCUCCUCAAGGGUGGACUGAUGUGUAGCCUGCUCUUCCCUCCUGCCCUGGUGACGGCUCCACAUUCUCCCUUGUCCCAUCCAAUCACAGGCAUCAAAGCGAUUAUCCCUGCGAACUGCCGAAGCGACUGCUUUUCGCCCAGUUACCUUGAUUCGGUGCGGCUAUGUCAUUCUGCCUGUACCAAGCCCGACUUACGCAUGUCUACAAAUGCCCAUCUAUCCCGAUUGAAGGUUGAUAUCAUCAAGUGA